AUGGAUCAUGAAGGAGGACACGCGAUCGGCCGCUCGCACUGUGACGCCUUCUCCAACAGGCUCUACAACUUCACCGGGAAAGGCGACAUGGACCCGAGUUUGGACCCGAGCUACGCGGCGCAGCUAAAGAAAAAGUGCAAGCCAGGGGACAUGACCACAGUGCAAGAUAUGGUCCCAGGGAGCGCUACAACAUUUGAUAUAAAUUACUUCAAGCUGGUUGUAGAGAAAAAAGGGCUUUUCCAAUCAGAUGAUGCACUUCUUAGGAAUAAGGAGACCAGGGAUUAUGUGUACUCUCACGUCAAAGUCGAUGCCGAAUCCAGCUUCUUUGCCGACUUUGGGGUUUCAAUGGUUCGAAUGGGACGGGUCGGGGUCCUAACGGGCAAACAAGGGGAGAUUAGGAAGCAGUGUUGGAAAAUUAAUUAG